AGGGGAGAGGCGGGGGAGGAGAGGAGAGGAGAGGAGAGGAGUGUCCUACCCAUUCCCAAAGUCCACCACCCACCCCUUGCCCCAAGGACAAAAACUUGGAGAGGAGUUUCUGCAUCAACAGACAAGGCCCCUUUCCUCAAUGACUGAGCCCAACAAGUAGUCCAUGCGCCCCGGUUUCCCCGCCCCCGCCCAUCCCCCUUGACACCCACCAGCCACAGUUCCCUCUCGGAUGCCUGCUCUCACUGAGUGCUGAGUCGCCAAGCAGCUCACUCUCCAUGUGACUUCAGUUUCCGUCCGUUCCUUCCGCAAGUGCUAAAAUAAUCUGAUGCCCCAGAGAGGAGGCAGCCCAGCCCCGCGUUUGGCUGCUGUCGAGGACACCGGAGCCCCUGGAGAGGAUGCGCCCAGCCAAGCCGCCUGGGCCUGCGGGAGCCUGCUGCACUUGAAAUGGAGUUACUGUCUCUCUGGCUCUGCCUGGGUUUUCACUUCUUGACAGUGGAAUGGAGAAUCACAAGUGGAAUUGUCACAGCAGCUUCCCAAGGAGGCUGCAAGUUGGUGAAUGGAGUAGCUGACUGUCAAGGGCAGAAUCUUGCUUCAGUGCCCACCAAUCUCCCGCCCUACUUCCAGAAGCUCAUUCUUGAUGCCAAUCCUCUCAGGACCCUGUGGAAUCACUCCCUUCAGCAUUACCCUCUCCUGGGGAUCCUCAGUCUGCACAACUGCCAGCUGGAGCUCAUCGCCAGUGGAGCCUUCCAGGAACAAGCCCACCUCCUCAGCCUGGCACUGCCUGACAACUCCCUCUCAGAGAACUACAAGGAGACGGCAGCUGCUCUCCACAGACUGCAGGGCCUACAGAGGCUGGACUUGUCAGGGAACUCCCUGACAGAAGACAUGGCAGCCCUCAUGCUCCAGAAACUCUCUUCACUGGAGUCUGUGUCCCUGGCAAAGAAUGUCAUUAUGAGGCUUGAUGACUCCAUCUUUGAGGGGUUGGGGCACCUUAGGGAGCUAGAUUUGCAGAGAAAUUAUAUAUUUGAGAUUGAGGGUGGUGCCUUUGAUGGUUUAACUGAGCUGAGACACCUCAACCUGGCCUAUAACAACCUCCCUUGCAUUGUGGACUUUGGUCUCAGGCAUCUGCAACUUCUCAACGUCAGCUACAACACCCUGGAGUGGUUCCUAGCAUCUGGGGGAGAUAGUGUGUUUGAGCUGGAGACACUGGACCUCUCCCAUAAUCAGCUGCUGUUUUUCCCGCUUCUGCCCCAGUUCAAUAAGUUGCGCACCCUCCUGCUGCGGGACAACAACAUGGGCUUCUACAGGGACCUCUAUAACACCUCAUCGCCACAGGAGAUGGUGGCCCAGUUCCUCCUUGUGGAUGGCAAUGUGACCAACAUCACCACGGUCAACCUCUGGGAAGAACUGGCUUCCAGCGACCUCUCAGAUCUCCACUUCCUAGAUAUGAGCCAGAACCAGUUCCAGUACCUGCCAGAAGACUUCCUAAAGAAAAUGCCUUACCUCUCCCACCUGAACCUCAACCAGAAUUGCCUGGUGACACUUCAAAUCCAGGAGCACCAGCCUCUAGAGACUCUCAUUGAACUGGAUCUGAGCCAGAACCAGUUGUCCGAGUUACACUUGGCUCCGGGCCUUCCCAGCUGUCUGAGGAACCUUCAGUCAUUCAACCUGAGCUCCAACCAGCUCCUGAGUGUCCCCACUGGCCUUUUUGCUGGUGCUAGUAACAUCACUACAAUUGAUAUGAGCCAUAAUCAGAUCUCACUUUGCCCAAGAUCUAGUGGCUUAGAUCAGGGGGGGCUCCCCAGCUGUGUGGACUUCAGGAAUGUACCAUCUUUGAAGAGGCUCUCUCUAGAGGGCUGUGGACUGCAAGAAUUACAAGACUGCACAUUUCAGGGGACUUCCAUCACCCACUUAGAUCUGUCUGGCAAUUGGGGAGUUCUGAAUGGGAGCAUCACCCCUCUCCAGAAGAUUGCCUCCACUUUACAAGUCCUAUCUCUCAGGAAUGUGGGCCUCCGUUCCAGCUUCAUGGAAUCAGACUUCUCUGGGUUUGAGAAUCUGAGGAACCUGGAUCUGUCAGGAAAUUCCUUGACUAGUUUCCCAAGGUUCAAGGGUAAACUGGUCCUGCAGACCUUGGAUCUCCGAAGAAACUCGCUCACAGCCCUCCCUCAGGGGGCUAUGUCUGAGCAGCUGAUGAGAAGUCUGCGGACGGUCUACCUCAGUCAGAAUCCUUAUGACUGUUGUGGGGUGGAGGGCUGGGAGACCUUGCAGCACCUGCACACCAUUGCUGACUUGGCCAUGGUCACUUGCAAUCUCUCCUCCAAGGUCAUUCACCUGGCCCACCUGCCCAGCAGUGUGCCUCAGGACUGUAAGUGGGAGCGAGUAGACAUAGGCCUGCUGUACCUUGUGCUCAUCCUUCCCAGCUGCCUUACCCUGCUGGUGGCCUGCACCCUCAUCUUUCUCACUUUUAGGAAGCCUCUGCUUCAGGUCAUUAAGAACCGCUGCCACUGGUCUUCCAUAUACUAACCUGGCUGUGCGUCAAGGUUAAAUAAGCAGGUCUGUUUAUCUAAGAACUCUUUCCUUGCCAGAUUUCAAUAUCUGCUGUAGAGCGUAAGUCUGAUGAAUCAAGGUUUAAAUUAAAACUUAAACUGUUUCUGUCCCUUAAUCACCCCGAGUUCUCCCUCCCUUAUUGUGAUUCAUCCUUACCAUAUUUAUUAAGUGACAGUCCACAAAAAGGUUUUAAAUCUCAUAAAUAUCUUA